UCGUUUUUGGUACCCAUUCCCAUCCAAGACCUGGUACUGGUGGCCACGUAUCUGGUCACCUUAUUGGAUGGAUGACGUCUGCUCUGAUUGGACAACACAUCUACAAGUUGAGGUCACAGAGGUCACACCAUCCGGUUGUCAGCCUACAGAAGAACAGCCAGAACAGAGAGAUGAGUGGUCUGCGUAUAUUCACGUGGAGUCCCGAUCUUCACCAAAAAGUCUCAUUACAACAAAUCACUUUACAUACUGUCCAGAGAGUGAAACUAGACAAGUUGUCAACAUUAACAGUCUGUAUAUAAGGGCACUUCAGUCAACAGAUCUACGUCUGAGAUUUAACAUGAGGAUUUUGGAAGAUGUGGAUGCCUGGGUUGAAAACUCUGAGACUGGUACACCUACUUUUGACUGUGAUGACUUGGAUGUCUGCAAUGAAAGAAUACAAAAUAUUGAAGUUCACUUCCCACAUGGUAAUCUUGAUAUCUGUAAGGUUACUGUAGAGAUUGAAUUGUACAAGGACAAAUCUGAACGGCUAGCAGACAUCUUGACUCUAUGGGUUUACAAGACACAUCCCAAAUGUGUGGAGACUGAUCAUAACUAUCCUGAUUUCAGAAUUAAUACUGAAUUAGUGGAAACCAGACAAGGACAGAUUCAAGAUUUACAUAUUAGAUCAUCAAUACCUCCUGAAGAUGUGAAUGGCAUUCUUCAUGUCAAGUUGAGAUCUGAGUUUGGUUUAGUGUCAAUACCACGUGUACCAGACAGUCUGCGUAUUUACUCUGAUCACAUGGCGGUUCAUGAAUCAAUCCCAACCAAGAUGUGCAUUGCUGGUCCAGCAACUUUAGUUCUACAAGCACUAGAGUCAACAAGAUUCACUCCACUGAAGGACUUCUGGGGUAGGACUAAAGUCGAGAUAGAGUAUGGAGUAACAACAACGGCAGCCAAGCUGAUUUAUGGUGAUAUUGUGCCAAAGAAAAUAGUAAACCAAGACGUGGUUGUGAAGAAUGGAUACAUGCCAACACUGCCAUUGCUGAGUGUACCACGCCGUAUAUGUGCUGAUGAGCGACAGAUAAAACAUAUGGAUAUGGUCAAGAUAAUAGCACGGUUUCAGGAGAAGGACGCUGUGACUGUUCGUAUCUACACUAGAAUGGGAGAACUACACCUGAGUAGAAGCAUUCACCACGUUGAACUGAGUGAUGAUAUGAUGGAGAUAAUGGAGAGAGACAACAAACAGAUUAUCAUUCGUUCUUCAAUAUCUCUUGUCAGAGGUUUUAUUCAUGAUGUGAUUCUGUAUGAGACUCCAGAGUGUCGUGAGGAUUACCAGUCAUCCCCUAUCGACCAAAUAACAGUGCAGAUUAUGAGUGAUAAUGGUGAGCUGGACCAGUCUACUACCAUUGUUGACAUCACGUGUGUGGAGUCAGAAGAAGCAGUUCAAGAUAUUGUUGAUAUUGCUGAGAAUUGCGAAAAGAAGGAUAUGUUAUGGGGGCCGUGGUCUCACUGCUCUGCCGAUUACUGUGGUGUUGGUCUACAAUACCGAGAAAGAAGUUGUGGUGAGCCUGACAGGGAUGAGCGACGAUGCGUCAAGUGUGACUGUAAACCAACCCCUGUACUGGUACGCAACCCAUCAGCAUACUUGGCUGGAUGCGAAUCACAAGAACCACUACUGCAGUGUCCCGAGACUUGUGAACCGGUUAAAAUGCGUUAUGCCAACCAUGAAUUCUUGUGUAAAGACAAAGACACUGCUUGGAUUCAAUAUAAACCAAUCGAGGUGCACGAACAAUGCAUCUGUAAAACGUGUACUUCACAUCGUAGUUACAACCCACUCAGUUAGACUUAGUAAUCUGCUCCCCAUCUGGUUUUUCAGUACGAUUAGAACUAUACUAUAAUUAUUCUGGUGACAUUUUUACUUUGCUUUGAUAAACAAUAAUGAGAUUUGAUUUCCUUGAAACAUUUUACUUACUUUUUCAGAAGUGUCCUGCACAGCUUGUAAUCUUUAAUUAUAGCGUGUCAGUUUUCACACACAUGAAAAGAAAUGUCUGUGUUUCCAAAAAUUUCAAAAAUAUAUCAUAUAUUUGAAUGCAUGGAUUUGGUUUAAAAACCAAUAUACAUGGACAGGGCUUGAACUUUACAAAGGCUCCAAGGUAAUUUGUUUUUUUUGUGGCCCAGUGAGUUGAUAUUAUAUACUAUAUAAGGAUUAAUUAUUCACUGGGUUUUAAUUUUGCUUAUUUCGCUGACUGGAAAAUGCGCUAAAUUGAAACCCAGUGAAUAUGUAAAAUUUAGCAUUGAACACAUUAUCUAAAUGAUAACACCAUGAAUUUAAAACCCACUGAAUAUGAAAUAGUAAAUGAGCGAAAUUUAAACCCAGAUUAACAAUCUUUAAUAUAAUCAAUGUGUUAAUAUCAUUAACAACACAAGUUAUGUUUCCUAAUACUUUGUUCAAUUUCAAGUUAUUGGAAAUGAUGUAAAAAAAAUUUCACAGUGUGUUUAUUUUAAUUUACUCACUGAGUUUGUAAUUCUUGUUCAGUUUAAGAUUAUUUUCUGUGUAGGCUACCUCUCAAAACUAAAUCUAGACUUCUUUCAUCUUACCAAACUAAUAUAAAAGUGAACAUAUAUGGUGUGAUCAAAUAUAAAAUCCCUGAUCCAUCUGCUUUGUAUUUGUAUGAAAACCAGUUACUGAGGGCGCUUCUAAUUGAAUAAAGAUAGAUAUUCUUGGUUGGUCAUAUAGGAUUUCAACAGAUCACUUCAACAAAUAACCAGAAAGAAGUGAAGACUUUGCCAGUCUUGCUGUUAUGUCUUCAACGCACAUGAUACUGUUAUUUUGAUUUCUUGCUACUGAACUCGUUUUAAAUCCAAAAUAUUGAUCAGUGCUUUUCUUCACUUGUGUUUUUUUUUUUUUAAUAUGUGGUGUAAAUCAUUGCUCCAUAAAAAUACAAUAAUUUUGUUUAAUUGUCUUUUCACAGAAUUGAUUACUGCAUCUCGAAUAGAAAUUCUUCUCAACCAAAGUUUGUACACUGAAUCAUUAAAAUGUCACUAAAAUAUUAA